UCCCCCGCCCUGUGCUGCUGGAGGCAUUCUGGGAACUCCCAGGCCAGUCCCCGCUGCCAUGGUAACCUCUGCUGCUGGGUUCCCCACAUUGGUCCGUUUUUCCUGCUUCCAGGUGCUUCAACCUCCAGAACCCUUGACCGACUGACCCCUGAUCACCUGCCUGUAUUCUCAAUGCCAAAGAGCAGCCUUAGGAGUCUCUGAAGAGAUACUCUGUACGCGACUUUCAUCAUGGGAGAAAUAGAGCAGAGGCCGACCCCAGGGUCCCGCCUGGGGGCCCCAGAGAAUUCGGGGAUCAGUACCUUGGAGCGUGGACAGAAGCCGCCCCCGACCCCUUCAGGGAAACUCAUGUCCAUCAAAAUCCAGAUGCUGGAUGACACCCAGGAGGCGUUUGAAGUUCCACAAAGAGCUCCCGGGAAGGUGCUGCUGGAUGCAGUUUGCAACCACCUCAAUCUUGUGGAAGGCGACUAUUUUGGCCUUGAGUUUCCUGACCACAAGAAGAUCACGGUGUGGCUGGAUCUCUUAAAACCUAUUGUGAAACAGAUUCGAAGGCCAAAGCAUGUUGUUGUUAAGUUUGUGGUGAAAUUCUUUCCACCUGACCACACACAACUCCAAGAAGAACUCACAAGGUACCUGUUUGCUCUGCAGGUGAAGCAGGACUUGGCUCAAGGCAGGUUGACAUGCAAUGACACCAGCGCAGCUCUCUUGAUUUCACACAUUGUACAAUCGGAGAUUGGGGAUUUUGAUGAAGCAUCGGACAGAGAGCACUUAGCAAAAAAUAAGUACAUACCUCAGCAAGAUGCACUAGAAGACAAAAUCGUGGAAUUUCAUCAUAACCACAUUGGACAAACACCGGCAGAGUCGGAUUUCCAGCUCCUGGAGAUUGCACGGCGGCUGGAGAUGUACGGAAUCCGGUUGCACCCGGCCAAGGACAGGGAAGGCACUAAGAUCAAUCUGGCCGUUGCCAACACGGGCAUUCUAGUGUUUCAGGGCUUCACUAAGAUCAAUGCCUUCAACUGGGCCAAGGUGCGGAAGCUGAGCUUCAAGAGGAAGCGCUUUCUCAUCAAGCUGCGCCCUGAUGCCAACAGCUCUUACCAGGAUACCUUGGAAUUCCUGAUGGCCAGUCGGGAUUUUUGCAAGUCAUUCUGGAAAAUCUGCGUUGAACAUCAUGCCUUUUUUAGACUUUUUGAAGAGCCCAAACCAAAGCCAAAGCCUGUUCUCUUUAGUCGAGGGUCAUCAUUUCGGUUCAGUGGUCGGACUCAGAAGCAGGUUCUCGACUAUGUUAAGGAAGGAGGACAUAAGAAAGUGCAGUUUGAAAGAAAACACAGCAAGAUCCAUUCUAUCAGGAGCCUUGCGACCCAGCCUACAGAAGUGAAUUCAGAAGUGCCAAAACAGUCUCAGCAGAGCGCCAGCCUUACGUCCGGAGAAGGUGCCGGAUCCCCAGGUGGCCAGGCCGGCCAGCACGGGAAGGAACUGAACGCUUCCGAGCCGGGGCCCCGCCACAGCCCUGCCCCGAAGAGGAGCCCCGGCGCGGGGAGCACGCAGGCGGAUGGGGCCGCCAAGGGGCCGGCGGCGGAGGAAGAGGAGGAGGCGGCCAAGGACAGGACCCAGCAGAGCAAAGCGCAGCCCCGGCAGCCGAGCACAGGCUCCCUGACUGGUAGCCCUCACCUUUCAGAGCUGUCCGUCAACUCGCAGGGAGGAGCUGGCCCCGCCAACGUGACCUUGUCUCCCAACCUGAGCCCCGACACCAAGCAGGCCUCUCCCUUGAUCAGCCCGCUGCUCAACGACCAGGCCUGCCCGAGGACGGACGACGAGGAGGACGGCCGGAGAAAGAGAUUCCCAACUGACAAAGCAUACUUCAUUGCUAAAGAAGUAUCCACCACCGAGCGAACAUAUCUGAAAGAUCUUGAAGUCAUCACUUCGUGGUUUCAGAGCGCAGCGAGCAAAGAGGACGCCAUGCCGGAAACAUUGAAAAGUCUCAUAUUCCCAAAUUUUGAACCUUUGCACAAAUUUCAUACCAGUUUUCUCAAGGAGAUUGAGCAACGACUUGCCAUGUGGGAAGGCCGCUCAAACGCCCACAUCAGAGGAGAUUACCAAAGAAUCGGCGACGUCAUGCUGAAGAACAUUCAGGGCAUGAAGCACCUGGCCACUCACCUGUGGCAGCACAGCGAGGCGCUGGAGGCGCUGGAGAACGGCAUCAAGGGCUCCCGGCGGCUGGAGAGCUUGUGCAGGGACUUCGAGCUGCAGAAGGUGUGCUACCUGCCGCUCAACACCUUCCUGCUCCGCCCGCUGCACCGGCUCAUGCACUACAAGCAGGUCCUGGAGCGGCUGUGCAAGCACCACCCGGCCAGCCACCCCGACUUCAGGGACUGCCGAGCGGCGCUGGCCGAGAUCACCGAGAUGGUGGCGCAGCUCCACGGUACGAUGAUCAAGAUGGAGAACUUCCAGAAGCUGCACGAACUCAAGAAGGACUUGAUUGGCAUCGACAAUCUGGUGGUUCCAGGGAGGGAGUUCAUCCGCCUGGGCAGCCUCGGCAAGCUCUCUGGGAAGGGGCUCCAGCAGCGCAUGUUCUUCCUGUUCAACGACGUCCUGCUGUACACGAGCAGGGGGCUGACAGCCUCGAAUCAGUUUAAAGUCCACGGGCAGCUCCCGCUCUACGGCAUGACGAUUGAGGAGAGCGAAGACGAGUGGGGGGUGCCCCACUGCCUCACCCUGCGGGGCCAGCGGCAGUCCAUCAUCGUGGCCGCCAGUUCCCGGUCUGAGAUGGAGAAGUGGGUCGAGGACAUCCAGAUGGCCAUCGAUCUGGCGGAGAAGAGCAGCGGCCCCAGCCCCGAGUUCCUGGCCAGCAGCCCCCCGGACAACAAGUCCCCCGACGAAGCCACAGCCGCCGACCAGGAGUCGGAGGACGACCUGAGUGCCUCACGCACCUCGCUGGAGCGCCAGACGCCUCACCGCGGCAACACCAUGGUGCACGUGUGCUGGCACCGCAACACCAGCGUCUCCAUGGUGGACUUCAGCAUCGCCGUGGAGAAUCAGUUGUCUGGGAACCUGCUGAGGAAAUUCAAAAACAGCAACGGGUGGCAGAAGCUGUGGGUGGUGUUCACAAACUUCUGCCUGUUCUUCUACAAGUCACACCAGGACAAUCAUCCCCUUGCCAGCCUGCCUCUGCUCGGGUAUUCGCUCACCAUCCCCUCGGAGUCCGAGAACAUCCACAAAGACUACGUGUUCAAGCUGCACUUCAAGUCCCACGUGUACUACUUCAGGGCGGAAAGUGAAUACACGUUUGAAAGGUGGAUGGAAGUGAUCCGAAGUGCCACCAGCUCAGCCUCACAGGCCCACGCUCUGAGCCACAAAGAAUCUCACGUGUACUGACAGCCAGACACGUUUGGUCGAUUCUGCAGUGGCCGCUUUCCUGGAAGACAUUUACUUUCUUCUGUAUUAAUGAAGCCUAGUAAAAUUAACACCUGUCUGAAAAACAACCCGGUUUUACUGCAACUCUCAUCUGUCUCCACAGAAGCGUUUUUUAACCUUGUCCUCUCAGCUGUUAAUUUCUCAUCUGAACGGAACAGUGACCCCAGCUCCAGGCCCGGGUGGCGUUUCGUCUGUCAUUCUCUCGGGGGGCUGUUACUUAGCUUGUGACAGUAUUAAAACAUUGUCAUUAAAAGAGUGCCAAAUGACAUUUCUUCCUCCACGCUGCAUCUCAGAAGCAGUACAAACACAUCCGUUCAACCGUGAGACAGGGCAAGUGCUCUUCUUUUUCUUAAAGAAACUUUUAUUAUUUUCAUCUUACAGGCUGCUGCAUUUUAAAAAAUUCGAUUUUCCAGUGUUUGCGAUAUACGUGGCACAGUCUUAAGUAAAUGAGAUCAUUUUCAGAUUUUUUUUUUCAAUCUUUCUACUUUUAUAAUAAUAGGCAGUUAGUGGGACUCACUUCUUUGAUUAAUAAGCAAUUUGCAGCACACUACGUUCCCCUUAGGGGCAUCACGCUCCAAUGAAAACACUUGUUAUCCUCCACCUCCUCCUUGGCACAAGUUGACCAAAUCCUUUAGGUGAUUACUAUUCACAAACUGUAGCGGGGUUGUCUUCUGUUACGGGAAGCAGAAAUGCAGUGCAAUAUCCGGACUGUCGCUGUACUGUGAGUGGCGUGUACAAUGGGAAGAUGCUGUGGUGUUUUGCUGUCCAUGUCACAAGCAUGAAAACCUGUAUGUCAUUGAUGAUAUGUUUCCGUGACGAGCGUGUUUGUGAGCGUCGUGGCCGCAGAGGCACGAUGACGUGACGGUACGUAGUCCCCUGGUACUCCUGUCUCCUCCUGCAACUGUGGCGGACACUGCACACCCUCUAGUAGUAUAUAUAUUGUGCCUGUCCGCAAAAGCAACAUUUACCUUUCUUACUCAUUCCCCCCGGGCAUGGGGUCUCGACAGUAGGACACUGCACCUCCCUGACAGUCGGACUACACAGGGAACACGGUUCCAACCACUCGGGCCCACGACUUGGAAGGCGUUUGCCCGUUCUCUCCGGUGAUGGGUGGCUGCUAUUCCCUUAGCAUUCGCAAGCCCUUCCUGAUGCAAGUGCAGAAAGAUCCGGAGGCCGUGGCCAAUCAACACCGUCUCUUCCGUGCCCUGAAGCACCGCUGGGAAGGGCUACUCACCCAGGACACAGGAAGCCACCGGCUCUGCAGGGCUGGGACUGGUGUCCGUGGAAAGAGGGAUUGACCCACGGACAAGUAGCUCCACACGUGUUAAUCAUUUGCCUUACAAUAUGUACCAGACGGUUUGAAGUACUAACAAAAGGGAAUAAAAAUACCUCACGCCACGAUCCAGCAUAUUGAAGUUCUAAGGCAAAACAA